AUGAAGAUUUGGGGUUGUCUUAGCUUUACGGGAGUCGACACCUUCACUGAUCCCUUUCGCAGGGGCUGUGUUAGAAGAGUUUGCAACGGAGCAAAGCGUCUUGAGGUCGGUAUCGAGAUCUGGCCUGUGACUUGGGAAAUCAUCGUUAUGUUAACCGGUGUGGCCUGUAGACUCGCCCAGCAGCACGUUGUGAAACGUUUCGCUCCGGAUGCAAAGGACGAGCCCGACCUACUUUCUGAAAUCAUGUUUCCCAUGGUCGCUGGCUCGGAUACAGCCGCAAAGGCCAUCAAGUGGACAAUGCAAUACCUACUAAGCAAUCCUUCCACUUUCGAAAGGCUUGAAGAGGAAAUUAUGACAGCGAUUUCAGACGGAUCAAUCUCUGAGCCCAUCACCAACCCAGAAGCUCUGAAGCUACCCUUUCUUCAGGCAGUCAUUUUCGAGUCCCUCCGCGUUCAUCCGCCAUUCACUGGGUUGCUCAUGAAACAGGUCGGGCCUGAAGGCGAUGUGCACGAGGGCAAAUUCUUACCUGCAGGUACAAGAGUCGCACACGACACGUGGUCAGUUACGCAUGAUAAAGAGCUAUUUGGACACGACGCCGACGAGUUCCGGCCCCAGAGAUGGCUCGAAGCCGCUGACGCCACGGUUAAAGAAUGGAAAAAACGAACCGAGUUGGUUUUCGGUGCUGGCAGGUGGCAGUGUGCGGGCAAAGCGGUGGCCAUGAUAGAGCUGAACAAGAUAUUUGUCACGCUCAUUCGUAACUUCGAGUUCCUGCCGACGACUGCCCCUAUGUCGAUUGUCAUUCGAUCUGUGGCAUCCUCGAGUACCGGCUUAUCUAACUCUACUCUCCAGCAUCGGCUGGAAAACGGAAGAAUUCACCACAUGUACAAGGACGGGAGUGUAUCCGGUUCUGGUGCCGGAAACUGUUCGUUUGAUAUCGAUCCUUUCUGCGUCGUCUCGAAUGACAGAGAGAUUUCGCAAGUUUUAGAGAAGCGAGUCAGUAAUAGAGCCAAGUUGCGGAAGUCCAAGGUUUUGUUACUGGAAGAGGCGAUGAGCAACGUUGAUGCUGCGACUGAUUCUAGGAUGCAGAAUGCAACAGACAAUGAGUUCGCUUGGCAGUUCGCUUUACUCGGAGAUGGAAAGGUUCUGGACUUUGGUGCACCACAUUCGGAGAUGACCGACUUUUCUGGACUGUAUGGUCAGGGUAGCAACUUAUUUGAGCGGUGUAAGAGAGAAUUACCUUUGAAUCAAUUUACCCACGUUCAACAAAUUAAAGAAAGGCGCUGGCGGAAUUCCCUGCAGAGAAACAGCAAACGUAUCUUGCCCCACUAUGGCGCAGCAACUGCAUCACGUGCCUCUGACCUGGCAUUGGUAAUUGUCUCUUUUGGUUGGUUCCUGCGUCCCCGUUGCUCCUGCACCAAUCAAUCGUGGUCCAAUUCACUGCCCCUGCCCCGCCCCCGCCCCCGCACUCCAGCUCACGAGCAACGCUCGUUUGCGUUGCAAUUCUUAAUCAGUCUUCCGACUGAUUCCGACUACAUUGCUAUUCCUAGACCACUUCUAUUUCCCUCCCUCUCCAUAGUACCCACCAUGCCCAAAAACACCCCAGCGCCCGAUGAGCCCGUCGUCACUUUCAGCUCGGGCUCCAACGCACCGGUUGCCCUGCGUCUUCUUCACCUCAACGAUGUUUACCACUUGGAACCCGCGAGCGCUGAGCCGGUGGGUGGUGUUGCUCGCUUCAUCACUGCCGUCAACGAGUACCGAAGCCACGAACGCUACCAGGGCCAGCCCGAGCUAGUGACUCUAUUUUCAGGAGAUGUCUUCAACCCCAGUCUCGAGAGUUCAGUCACAAAAGGUGAGCACAUGGUCCCAGUGCUCAACAAGAUCGGCGUUGACUGCACUUGCGUUGGUAACCAUGACUUCGACUUUGGAGUCAAGCAAUUCGAGCACUUGACUGCUAAGUGCAACUUUCCCUGGCUUCUCGCCAAUGUCCUGGACCCGGCCCUGGGCGAGAAUGUACCUCUCGGACAUGCCAAGCACACGCACAUGAUCACAUCGUCCAAUGGUAUCAAGAUCGGUCUCCUCGGUCUCGGCGAAAGAGAAUGGCUAGAAACGAUCAACAGCUUGCCGCCCAACAUCAUCUACAAGUCGGCCAGCGAGACAGCCAAGGAACUGGUCCCGCAGCUCCGGGCUCAGGGUGCCGACAUCAUCAUCUGUCUCAGCCAUCAGCGCGAGCCAAACGACAACAAGCUUGCCGAGAAGACGGAGGGUCUCAUCGACAUAAUCCUGGGCGGACACGACCAUUACUACGCUCAUAGCUUCGUCAAUGGCACGCACGUGCUCCGAUCCGGCUCCGACUUUAAACAGCUUAGUUACAUCGAGGUUCGGAAAAGGGAGGACGGUUCAGGAAAGUGGGACUUUGACAUUCUGCAGCGCGACAUCGUCUCCUCUAUCGCGGAAGAUCAGGAGACACUAAAGCUUACCGAAGACCUGACCUCCAAGCUGAAACACAGCCUGGCCAAGUCCGUAGGCUGGACAGCCUCACCGUUGGAUGCGAGAUUCAGCACCGUCCGGAUGAAGGAGAGCAACAUGGGGAAUUUCGUUUGCGACGUCAUGAGGCAUUACCACAACGCCGACUGUGCCCUAAUGGCAGCUGGCACAAUCCGUGGCGACCAGAUUUAUCCUCCCGGUGCGAUCAGGGUCAGGGAUAUCACCAAUUGCUUUCCUUUUGAGGAUCCCGUUAUCUUUAUCAGAGUGACUGGUCAGCAGCUCUGGGAUGCCUUGGAGAACGGCGUCUCCCAGUACCCAGCACAAGAAGGCCGAUUCCCGCAAGUAUCCAACAUCGAGUACACGUUCGACCCCAGCAAGCCAGCGGGCUCCCGUAUCGUAGCAGCGGCCCUUGGAGGCGGACCGAUAGAACCGGAAAAGAAGUAUACACUUGCGACCCGAGGGUACAUGGGCAGAGGAAAAGACGGAUUUACCAGCCUGCUCGUCGAGCCCGAGGGCGGAACCGCCGAGGAAAUCGUUUGCGAAGAGAACGGCAUUCUCAUCUCCGCCAUGUUGCGCCAGUAUUUUAUGAGCCUUCGCACAGUUGGCCAAUGGAAGAACCUCAGCGAACACUGGGUCAAGGUUGCCGAGAAGUGCCACAGCCCGGUCGAGCCCCGGAAAAUGUGGGAGACGCCGGCGGAGACGGGCACGUCGGACCCCAAGCCAAAGGUUGAGUCAAAGUCAUGGGCUGAGUGGAUGGUCAAAAGACAUGCCCUAAACGUCAAGCCCCCCAAGGAUGACUCCGACGAGGAGGUCGAUUCCGAGGAUGAAGUGGACAGCGUCGCUCAGAUCGACAUGGAGAUGCUCAUUAUGCGUAAGUUCUUCGCUAGAUGGGCGAGCAAGGCGGGUGUAAAGGCUGAGGUAUGUGACCCUCUGCAUGAGGGGGAGUUCACGGUCGACUGGACCCGUGUCAUUGCACCAGUUCUAGAGGGACGCAUCAAGAUGAUCAGCUAG